AUGCCGAAGUACUACUGCGAAUAUUGCGACAUUUACCUGACGCACAGCUCCCCAGUGGGGCGCAGACAACACAUCCAAGGGAGGAAACACAUAAGUGCCAAAAUUGAGUAUUUCCAAAAUUUGCUAAGGGAAGAAGGCAUAACCCCACAGAACUUUUUAGGGUUUCUAGGACCCAGGGCGCUCAAUAAUAUUCUAGGAAAUCCAAUGAUGAAUAAUAUGAUGCCAGGAAAUUACCCUAUGCAUACAAAAUAUAACAAUAUGAAACACCACUCUCAUUAUUCGCGUCGUUCUCAUCGGCAUCAUAUGUCUCAUGGUAGGUACCCCAGGGAAAGACACGGCCAUUAUAGUUACUCUAGCAAAUUUCACUCUCACCCUAUGCACAUGAAUAACAGUAACAUGGGUGGCAUGCCAGGAUUUCCAUACAGUGAUCAUUCUGGUGGUCUCCUCCCCUCACCAAAUUCUAUGCAUGGUCAUGGGAAAAUGGGAAAUCUUGUUAUUCGAGACUUGGUAAGUAAUGUGAAUAUCGACAAUGACCCAAGUAGGGACAGCCAAAAUGAGGAACGAAAUGGGGAUCAUCCAACUGGCAACCCUCGUAGCGGAAUGCACAAUCAGGGGGAUCAUCCCGAUGUGGUCAAUGGUAGUGGUGGAGCUGCGAAUAAUAAUGAUAACGUGACUGUGGAUGCCUAG